AUGGACUAUGACCCUACAGACCCUCAAAUCAAGGUGUACUGGAUUCUGCCAGGGAAAGACUAUGGUGAUAGCCUGCUAUGUGUGGACAAUCCAGAUGUUAUAGCUGCUAUGGUGAGGUCCAGCAGAGAAGCCAAGACAUUGGAUUAUGGAAAUGAGGAUGCAGAGGAAGGAGAGGAUGCAGAGGCAGAUCAUGAUGCAGAGAAUGCAGAGGAAGGAGAGGAUGCAGAGGCAGAUCAUGAUGCAGAGAAUGCAGAUAAUGCAGUUGAAAACAAUGAUGGAGAAGAAGAGUUGAAUGAAACUGACUCAGACUUUUAUGAGCGUGACUAUGAUUGUGAAGAUGGAGAUGAUGAUUUGUUUGCUCAGAAUGUGGACAAAUCAUUGAAUGACAACAAUGAAGAAGAGGAAGAGAUAUUUGAGGAGGAAGAUCCACUGGAUGAUGAUGAGCUCAACCUGUCAAAAGAUGAGUUGGAGAAGUUGAAAUAUACAUUCAGUACAUUCAAUGCAGAAAUUGACAUGAGCAACCCAAUCUUCAGGGUUGGGCAAGUAUUUGGAGAAAUGAAAGAGCUAAGGGAAGCAGUCACUGCAUAUACAGUCAAAAACAGAGUGAAAAUCUUCAAACCUAGAAAUGAGGUAGAGAGAUUCAUUGGUGUGUGCCAACCAGAUUGCCCUUGGAGGUUGAAAGCAUCUAGAGACAACAGAACAGGAAGCAUUGUCAUUAGAGAGUACAAUGGGGAGCACACAUGUUCCAAAACAUGGGAUUCCAAGUGCUUGAUAGUAAAGUACCUGACUGAGAUGUUUAUUGAUGAGUUCAGAGACAACAAGAGCAUGGACUUGGGUACAUUUGGAAGAAAAGUUCAGCAGAAGUUCGAGCUUAAUCAAGUGAGAAUGAAGCUUGGCGGGGCCAGGAGUGCAGCACUUAAGAUCAUACAUGGUGAUGAGAAAGCACAGUACAGCCAGUUGUGGGACUAUGGACAAGAACUGAGGAGAAGUAAUCCCCUCUCCUUCUCCCACCUGCCGCUGCACAGUUGUGGGACGACCAGUAGGCUAUUCAGAGGAGUUCGAACAUAA